UCCCGGUUUGGCUUUCCUAGUCUCCUUCCCAAUGACCUGGUAGAUGAUCAGAUUCUUCUAGGUUGGUUCGUGGAUAUCUGGAAGCCCAAUUCUUCAUUGAAAACUGAUCAACGGUACACACCCGAAAUUCCCGCGCGCUAACAAUUUCCCGGUUGCUUUACGCACGCCACACGGAAUCUGCCGCUCUUAAUAUACAUAUAUAUAAGGGUCAAGAAUUUGGUUGUAUAGCAGUUCAACUCUUGCCUUUUGUUUUUACUUUUGUGUUUAGCCUAUUAAUUCUUGCCAAAGUACACACUCUUUGAUAUUUGUUAAUUUGAUGGCAGAAUACCAGCAGCACCGACGUCUAUUUGAACGCUUUGAUGAGAAUAGAGAUGGGAAAAUAUCAGCAGAGGAGCUGCAACAGUGUGUCCACUUGAUCGGCAAAGACAUGUCGUAUGAGGAAGCAAAGGCUGCGGUUGAGAUCAAUGACUCCGAUAAUGAUGGCUUGUUGGAUUUCGAGGAUUUUGUGAGAUUAAUUGAAGAUGGAAGCGAAGAAGAGAAGGCGCACGAGCUGAAGGAAGCAUUCAGGAUGUAUGAGAUGGAGGGAUGUGGAUGUAUUACGCCUGAGAGUUUGAAUAGAAUGCUUGCCAAAUUAGGAGAAUCAAGAACCAUUGAUGAAUGCAGAGGAAUGAUUUGCCGCUAUGAUAUUGACGGCGAUGGUCUCCUUAACUUUGAUGAGUUCGAGAUUAUGAUGCGUUGCUAGUUUUUUGUCCUUGUUUGUAUCUUUGAUUUUUUCUUUGAUCUUUCGUUGAGGAUUACUCAUUCUUUCUGUAUAUUAGUACAACAUUGCCCCUUAUUGUAGACUAAUGGUUCCAAUAUGGAAUUUUUACAUUCCUAUACCAUAUAGGAAAUUAUAUUA